AUGACGUCGGCUGGAGCGGAGCAAGGUGCGGAUACUCGUAAUCUCCAUUGGAGACAGAACAACAAAGGUUCGGCGCUGCUUCAAAAGUUGGGUUGGAAAGAAGGACAGGCUUUGGGUUCCAAACACCGACGAGCGCAGGAGCAAGAUGGCGUUGAGGAGGUUUCGGGGGAAGGGUUGAAGGUUGUCAAGCGCAAGGAAGGUUUGGGAUUGGGUGCCAGUGCGUUGCCAGCAGCGACGCAGUCGACAAGUCAUGACACCUUCUGCGCAUUGCUGAAGAAUCUGAAGAAGGAACAUUCUGCGACUGGCAGUCAACGGUCGUCCAGCAAAAAGAGAAAGAAGAAGUCGUCGUCGAUUUCCUCAUCCACCCUGAGUGAUGACAAUGGCACGACCGUUGAGGAAAAACCCAAAAAGAAGAGCAAAAAGAAGAGUAAAAAGAAGAAGGAAACCGUCUUUGCGUCCAACCGCAUCACCAAUGGACGCGUUCGACAAUCCAAGUUUGCACAGAAAAGCGAGGCCGACAUGGCCUGUAUUUUUGGAAAGGAUUUUUCUUCGGCGGAAAUUGCCGAUCAAACACACCAGACACGAAAGGAAAAGAAGAAAAAGAAGGAAGCGGAUGAUGAGGAAGCAGAGAGAAAAAUUAAACGAAAGGAGGAAAAGCGGAGAAAGAAAGCUGAGCGAGACGACAAAGCUUAG